AGGUACUUACCCCGAGUGCAGGAAAGACUUUAGGAUGUUUUUCGCUGGGUGUCCGGUACUGCUGGUCCUAGCGCUCCUAGUCAGUCCACUCCAGGGCUGUAGUGAAACCAACUGGCAGACCAGUUUUGAUAAAGAAGGUUACUCAACUUGCAAUAGCAAGAAUGAUUACAUAAACGGUCUUUACCGAAACAACAACGCGGGGGGCAAUGAUGGCAUUCACCUCAUUGAAAAAGCUCGUUGCUGCCCUCGACCAAGACCUUUUUGGAACCAGCCAACCGACUGCGUUAUUGCAGACUGGGUUUACAGUCUUGAUAACAACUAUCGCUGGAGCACAUGUCCAGGCGGUCACUUCUUGCAGGGUCUUUACCGAAGUGGCGAUAAAUGGCUGCAUAACAUCGAGUACGGCAAGUGCUGCAAACCCGCCAACCACCCACACUGGUGGGGGCACUGCUACAACCAGGAUGUGGGAAGAAGCUUCGACAAUGUGGGGACAAGCAAAUGCAAUGAUGGCUACUUCAUGACGGGCGUAUAUCGGGGCAGCUGCAACAAGCUUUAUUGCAUUGAAACAUUCAAAUGCUGUAAAAUGGUUAAUAGUAAGUACAUUAUCUUUAAUCUUUAUUGCAUUGAAACAUUCAAAUGCUGUAAAAUGGUUAAUAGCCCACCAGCCUUGACAUCACUAUCAGAGGUCAAGACGCGUGUAAUGGACACAGCAAUGAAUCCUCUUGCUCGGCUUGCUCACUACCUCGGCUACGGAUGGUGCGCUAGCUGCCGCGCCGAGUGGGUGGGAGAGGACUUUAGACGAAACGGAGACAGCUGGGAGGCGGACAAAAAAGGACCGUGCGACGGCUACAAGAGCGACCAUCGUCUCAAGAUGCACUUUGGCGACUUUAAAUUUGGGAUUAAGAAAAUCACAUACGGCAAUCCAGUGAUUCAGUCAAUGAAGCCCGAGGUGUACUACUCUGGUACCGUCAGAAACGAUGACCCAACGCCCCUUAUACACAAAGUGGAGCGAGAAGUCCGUGACGUACGCACUGUCACCCACACUGCCACUAGCUCGUGGAAAGUAGCGCACGAGCUUGGUAUUGAAGUCAGCUAUACCCCUCCAGGAGCCACCGGUGGAGUGGGUGGUAAGGUCUCGUAUAAAUUCAACUACGAGUCCUCAUCAACGACCACCGAUACUAACACAAACACGCAGUGGUUCAUCGACAAAGUGAUGUCUGAAAAGACACUGGCUCCUCACACGGCUGCCGAGUACCGCAUCAUGUUGACCAGGACAAGGACCACUGUGCCGUACACCGCCACCAUCAUCGCACACUUCUCCGCAGAGCUGGACGGAUUCCUGAGGUGGGGAGGAGGAUACAACGGGGACUCUACCAACUACCACUAUCAGCACCGCGGCAGUGGAAGUAGACCAACCGUUAAGUACCGAUUUGGUGACGCAUCAACUCCAUUGUACCAGGACCUGAAGGAAAAGAGUACCCGCAACAUACGUCCAUGGCAAUGGCACGACAUGACCUCCCGGUACCAGUACGCACAAAGCCUGAUCAACCAGUUAGCCGACGAGCGGUUGUACGAGUUCACCCUGACUGGCCAGUUUGAGGACGUGGCUGGCCAAGACGCCUCUGUUCUGUGGAAGACAGUCUCUCUCAAUGGCAAACGAAGCGUGGAGGAGGAUUUCCCUACUGACGGCACAGAGGACCCACCAAGAGUUUUCCCCAAGCCCCCCACGGUCGUUCUGACUCCUGGAAAACUUCCAGAGAUUCCAGAGGACGUGAAGGGGUCUAAAACGGCAUGAUUUACAAAUAAAGAUAAAUAGCUGCAUUGCCCUAAUUAGUAUGCAUUAUCGUUAUUUAUGCUAGACAUGAGAUAUGAAUAAAAAUGAGCAUUGGAA